CAGGCACCAGAGCCUCACCAAAGCUCAUCUGAGGGAGAGGGAGACGGAGAGAAGAAGGAGAAUGCUGAGGGGAGCAGCGAUGAGGAGGGCAAACUGGUGAUUGACGAACCAGCGAAAGAUAAGGAAAAGCUGGAGAAGACUGGAUCAAAGCGAAAGUCGGUCACUCCGACAAAGGUCUGCGCAAAGCGACCCUGUGAUUCCAAGGAGGGGGAACAGGAGGAUGGGGGCGAGGACGGAGGGGAGGUAACCCAGCCUGUCCCAGCCCAGGAAGGAGAGCACGGUGAGGAGGAAAAGGAGAACAAGACCAUCGUCAGCCCCAGCGAGAAGACAGAGAGCGAGGUGGCCAAUGCCACGGAACCCCAGACAAAGGAAGAGGGGGCUGAGGCUGCAGCUGUUUAAGAGGAUGAAGCUGAUACGCCCAGACCAGCCUUUUUGCAGAUGCGUAAACCACCCCCACCCCCCUCUUUCUCUCCUCUUCCCCCCACCCCUCCCCCUCCCCUCUGGCCCCUCUGUCCACCCUCGUUCCCCUGAUUGCUGAGGAAUUUUAUUUUUCAUUUGAAAGAAGAGAAUUGUUCGUGCUGUUAGCAGCUUUUUACACCAAUGUCGGGCCCUGGGCUCGCUUUUACGCCGGUACCCAACCAUGCGACUCGGAGCCCUGCUCGCCAUGGGGGCCAAGGUACACCGCGGUUACCGGUACGGCAUGAACAGACCGUGGACCAUUGCAGCCCAGAGGAUCAACCCUCCGGGCCGGCAGCGCAGGAAGGUGGUUGUGGAGCCCAUAGCGCAGCACGAGUGGAAGAUCUUCCGAGGGGACACGGUGGAGGUUCUGAAGGGGAAAGACACCGGCAAGCAGGGGCAAGUCACCCAGGUGAUUCGAGCUCGGAACUGGGUGAUCCUGGAGGGACUCAACACGCAUUACCGUUACAUUGGCAAGGUGGGAGAGCACAGGGGAACGUACAUUGCCAGCGAGGCACCGCUGCUGCUCCGCAACGUGGCACUGGUGGACCCCAGCGACCGGAAACCGACGGCAGUGGAUUGGCGAUACACAGAAGAGGGAGAGAAAGUCCGAGUGUCCACUCGCACGGGUCGAAUCAUCCCCAAGCCUGUGUUCCAGAGGAGAGACGGGAUCGUCCCAGAACAGUGGAAAGAUGGGCCGAAGGACACCAGUGUUGAGGAUGCUCUGGAGAACUCGUACACACCGGCUCUGAAGACGUUUGAAGAAGAAGUGAUGGAGAAAAUGGGCAUAGAUGAAAUCAGCCGUCCUCGGAGGUCAUACUGGUACUGAACACGUAAAUAACCCAAGCCAGGAGGGAGAGAUUAACCUGCUGGACACUCACAGUGAUGGCUUGUACAGACCCUGAAACGUGUUGCUCACCAUAUUUAACGCAACGUAAUUAAAGUUUUUUUUCUACAAGAAAA